AGCGGCUGGAUUUUAACCAAGGGACUGCUAGACAGGGAAAAGUCGAUAAAGCCAUUGCACGGUCUCUGAGGAGUCCCGGAGGAAGGAGAUACAAUGAAGGAUAAGGAGGGGCAUUUCGGCUGCUCCUUGCAGGAGCUGCGCUCCCUCAUGGAGCUAAGAGGAGAAGAAUCCUGUGCAAUGAUCAAGGAACAGUAUGGAGAUGUCAACGGACUGUGUUCCCUGCUGAGAACAUCACCUGUCAAUGGUUUGGAUGGAACAGUAGAGGACAUCAACAGAAGGCAAAAGGAGUAUGGACAAAACAUCCUCCCUCCUCAAAAGGCAAAAACCUUUCUGCAGUUGGUGUGGAAAGCCCUGAAUGAUGUCACACUCAUCAUCCUCCAAGUGGCAGCCAUCAUUUCUCUAGCACUUUCCUUCUACAGUCCACCCAGUGCUGACAGACAGCACUGCGGCGAAGCGGCCGGCGGCGUGGUGGAGGACAGUGAGGCGGAGGCUGGAUGGAUCGAAGGUGCAGCCAUCCUCCUGUCUGUGGUCUGCGUCGUCCUGGUGACAGCCUUCAACGACUGGAGUAAGGAGAAGCAGUUCCGCGGGCUCCAGAGCCGCAUCGAUCAGGAGCAGAAGUUCACCGUGGUCCGGGCAGGGCACGUGAUCCAGAUCCUCGUGUCAGAGAUUGUCGUCGGAGACAUCGCACAAGUCAAAUAUGGUGACCUCCUGCCUACUGACGGCGUCCUGAUCCAGGGCAACGAUAUGAAAAUUGAUGAGAGCUCUCUGACCGGGGAGUCGGAUCAUGUGAAGAAGAGUGUCGACAACGACCCCAUGUUGCUGUCAGGUACCCAUGUGAUGGAGGGCUCUGGCAAGAUGUUGGUCACUGCUGUUGGAGUGAACUCUCAGACUGGAAUCAUCUUCGCGCUGCUUGCUGCUGGUGAGGAAGAUGACAGUGAUGAUGCUGGUGAGGAAGAUGGCAAACAAAAGAAAGAGCAGGUGGACAUCAAAGGACAAAACGAUGAUGACGUUGCGAUGGACAUGCGGCCGCUCAACGAGGAUGGACAACCAGAAAAGAAGAAAAAUCUAUCAACGAAGACCAAGUCAGUCCUCCAGUUGAAGCUGAACAAACUGACCAUGCAGAUCGGCAAAGCAGGACUGCUCAUGUCGUCUCUCACCGUCCUCAUCCUCAUCACUCGCUUCCUGAUCGAUACCUUCUGGGUGCAGGGUGUUCCCUGGUCCAGCGACUGUAUGCCCAUCUACGUGCAGUUCUUGGUCAAGUUCUUGAUCAUCGGUGUGACGGUGCUGGUGGUGGCUGUGCCUGAAGGUCUCCCUCUGGCAGUCACCAUCUCCCUGGCCUAUUCAGUCAAGAAAAUGAUGAGGGACAACAACUUGGUUCGCCACCUGGACGCCUGUGAGACGAUGGGCAACGCCACAGCCAUCUGCUCCGACAAGACAGGCACGCUGACGAUGAACCGCAUGACGGUCAUGCAGGUUUUCAUUACAGGGCACUAUUACAAAGGGUUGCCGAGGUUGAAAGACAUCCCAGCAUCGGCCAUGGAUCUGCUCACCACGGGCAUAGGGGUCAACUGCGCGUACACCUCCAAGAUACUGGCUCCAGAGAAGGAUGGUGGGCUCCCUAGCCAGAUAGGAAACAAGACUGAGUGUGCCUUAUUGGGAUUCUCCCUCAAGCUGGACCGACACUACCAGGCCAUCCGCGAAAAAAUACCAGAAGAGAGUCUCUUCAAGGUCUACACCUUCAACUCGGAGAGGAAGUCUAUGAGCACCGUGCUAUAUAACCCUGAUGGCAGCUACCGAAUGUUCAGCAAGGGGGCCUCUGAGAUCCUGCUCUUGAAGUGUUGUAUGAUCCUGGCAUCCAGCGGCGAGGCCAUUCCCUUCAGAACUCAGAAACGGAAAACAAUUAUGAAGCAGGUGAUCGAGCCGAUGGCGUCUCAGGGCCUCAGGACCAUCUGCCUCGCUUACAAAGAUUUCCCAGCCGCUGACGGAGAGCCCAACUGGGAAGACGAGGGAGACAUCCUCAGCAACCUCACCUGCAUCGCUGUGGUCGGCAUUGAAGACCCUGUACGACCUGAGGUACCAGAAGCUAUCAGAAAGUGCCAGCAGGCCGGGAUCACUGUCCGCAUGGUAACCGGGGACAACAUCAGUACUGCCCGGGCCAUAGCCUGCAAAUGUGGCAUCCUGAACACUGGAGAGGACUUCCUGUGUAUGGACGGCAAGGAGUUCAACCGACUGAUCCGCAACAGUCAGGGAGAGAUUGAGCAGGGGCUCAUCGACAACAUUUGGCCGAAUCUGAGAGUCCUUGCCAGAUCGUCUCCGACCGACAAAUACAAUCUGGUCAAAGGUAUCAUCGACAGCACUGUGCUGGAGAAGAGGCAGGUUGUCGCGGUAACUGGAGAUGGAACAAAUGACGGCCCUGCCCUCAAGAAAGCGGAUGUUGGCUUUGCCAUGGGCAUUGCAGGGACGGACGUGGCGAAGGAGGCGUCUGACAUCAUCCUGACAGACGAUAACUUCAGCAGCAUCGUGCAGGCAGUGAAGUGGGGCAGGAAUGUUUACGACAGCAUCUCCAAGUUCCUGCAGUUCCAGCUCACAGUCAAUGUUGUCGCCGUCAUCGUGGCCUUCACCGGGGCCUGUAUCACCCAGGACUCUCCUCUGAAAGCUGUGCAGAUGCUGUGGGUGAACCUCAUAAUGGACACCUUUGCUUCACUGGCUCUGGCCACCGAGCAGCCAACCGACGCGCUGCUGCUCAGGAAACCCUACGGCCGCGACAAGCCCCUCAUUUCUCACACCAUGAUGAAGAACAUUGUCGGACACGCCAUCUACCAGCUGGCCGUAAUCUUCACCCUGAUCUACCAUGGUGAGAUUUUGCUCAACAUUGCCAGUGGCAGAAACGCCCCCCUCCACGCCCCGCCCUCUGUACACUACACCAUAGUGUUCAACACGUUUGUACUCAUGCAAAUCUUCAAUGAGAUCAACGCAAGGAAGAUCCAUGGAGAGAGAAACGUGUUCGAGGGGAUUUUCAAAAACACCAUCUUCUGCGUCAUCCUCCUGGGAACCCUCCUCGCCCAGAUCCUCAUUGUGCAGGUUGGGGGCUCACCCUUCAGCUGUGUGGCUCUGAACUGGCAGCAGUGGCUGAUCUGUGCCUGUCUGGGUCUCGGCAGCCUGCUGUGGGGACAGGUGGUGUCCAGCAUCCCAAGCUGCGGCUGCCCGAAGGUUAUAAAGCCUGCGACUCGUGCAGAAAAGUGACCGUACUGAGAAGAGGAGCCAGGGGCCUGUGGAAGAACCACACAUGCUGCCUGGCCUGGUCCCUUACAAUUAAGUGGUGCUGCCCUCAUUGUAUUUGUAUUAUUAGUUUUAGUUAUUAUUAUAGGUUCCUUUCUUAUUAUAUAUAAGAUAGAUUUGUUCACCUCUGACGAAGAGGUUAUCUUGUAGGUUUGUUGCAGCGUUUUUAUUCAGUUGUUUGUCAGCAGGAUUUUGAGAAUAUCUUAAUUUUGUGUUUUCUG